AUGCACUCGCCGCCCUCGCAAAGCAUGUUGACGGCCACCUCGGCUGUCCUGUCUCCCGAGCUCGGCUUUCGUCGUUCGGACCUGUUGGAAAUCGACGAAGAGAUCGGCGACGCGCAUGAAGCCAUCCAGGUUGUUCAAGGACACAUCUUCUCCAUCCAAGAACAGCGUCACGGAGGCAAAGCCGGUACGAUCGCGGGAGCGGCACUCGAGGUCUCAGCAAAUGUAUCAACAGCUCUUGAAAGCUCACCGUCUGCACCCACUAUGGGUGGCACCGACCUUUCUCUCAUGCAGCUCGACGAAAGACUGGAGGCUCUCUCACGGACCAUGCAGCAGUUGGAGGUCCGCAUCACUGAGAUCCGAGAGCCUGGCAGCGGAGCAGACGAAGGAGCAGCAGGAGACACCUCCAUCAUUGACAAAGAAAUGAGCGGCUGGCAGACACGCGCUCGUCGCAACAGUAUAGGUAGCAUCGAUAGCCUGGGCAGCUACGACGAUCUGGCGCUCCCGGAUUUCGCGCCAGCCCUAACACCGCGAGCCUUGCGUGCAAAGUACGACGAUCUCUGCUCCGAGUGGACGGCGGUGCAGGACGAAGUGGAAGCUCUGAGAAAGGAGCUCGCCGACGACAAGUAUCUCGACGUCUUCCGAUCCAUCAGUACGCAAGCAGAGGGAAUGAUGGAGAGCCUCGACAAGGCCGUCUCAUUGUGCAACUCUUUCGUACUGCAGGUGCAACGCGAUCACUUGGCGGGAAAGCUUCAACGCGCAGCCACAGCCGACGACGAUCUCCAAGUGGACUACGACAUCCAGGCAAAGCACGACGAGCUCGCAGCUUUGACAAAGACGUUCGGUGUGAAAAGGUCUUACUACCAGCCUGCGUGCCAGCAAGUGCUACACAGCCUCGAGAAAGGAUGUCAGGAGAGGCAAACUUCGAACGGCACAAUGCUCCGUCGCCUCUCGGACCUGCGCUCGCGCUGGCGCAGCCUACGCGAUGAGCUGACCAAGACAGAUCGAGACCUGAAGCGCAUGGAAGCGCUCUUUCGAAGGGUUCGCUCUGACAGCAGCGAUUCCUCCAUCGCCAACGACAUUGCAAGUCCCGCGACAUCAGUCGCGAGCCUUCCUGCGCUUCCAUCGAAGCUUCGGACGAGCGCCUCGGUGCAGUCCGGACUUGGCAAAGGGACACCCUCUCGUGCUUCGGCACUGUCUCACCGCACUACACCAUCGUCUUCGUCACGCAUCGCAAGCGGUCCUAGCCGCCUGUCAAGCAGCUCCUCGAUGAGUUCCAAUCUGUCGAGCACGCCGCCCGCGGCCGCCACUCCACAGCGCUUGCGACGUAUCUCUGCCACCGCAGAGUCGCUUGGAAUGCACGGCAAGCCUGUCUCGACGCCGCCUCGGGCUCCAGUCGACCGGCAGCUUGAGGUACCGCGGCGGGCACACUUGGCUGGAGGCAGACCUGCAAGCCUCUCGGUGUCGCCGUCGGCGAUCGACAGCCCUAUCCGCAACCGUGCCACGUCGACGGCCAAUGCAGCCACGGGAGCGGUGGAAAAGGGAGUUCUUGGUAGAUCGCCGGCUGCAAGACCGGUCUCCAUCGUAGGCAGUCGUGUCGCAGCAGCAAGCCCGGAUGUGACUGGCACACCGAGCCGUGCUCCGCCGUCGAGCUUCAAGCCGUCCUGGCACGACCUCGCUACACCUGGACGGGGUGAUCGAGCGAGGCCUACGCAGCCUCAGUCAAUGCCGCGGUCGCAGUCGCAAGUCGUGUGGCCUUCGCGCUCGCAGUCUUCAGAAGCUACAAACGAUGCGGACGCAUCGAUCGAGUAUUUGAAAUUCGGCGACAAUGUGUCUUCAGUUCGUCCAACUUCAUCCGCCGGUCAAUACUAUCGGCCCCCGUCCGCUCAGGGUACUGUUGGUGAUGCGAAAUCCAGGAAACGAGAUUCGCUCAUCCCACGCCUCACUGUUCGGAGCUCGGAUGCCAGCAACACACCGAGCCGACCAGGAUCGGCCAUGUCUCAGGCGUCGUCAUCGACGCCGAUGCGGUACACGGGCGCGUCGAGGUUGAGCAUGCAAACACCGGAACCAGCGAUCGUGGCGAGAGCGCAGCGGCUCAACAUGUAUGCGCGUGCACCUUCGACGGGUAUGGCGGGUACCCACACGCCUAGCAAACGGGCCAGCAAGCCGCCGCCUACGCGGCGAAGCGCAGCACUGUCAUCGGGACGUGCGACGCCCCUUUCAGCCGCGGCGCUGGCUUCGUUGCCGACGGCGGACCCGAAUUCGUCUCUGAAGCGGUCGAGCAUCUCGAAUCUGAAACCGUUGAAUAGCGGUCGAACUACACCGACGUUCAGCGACAAUGGGUCUGUGGGAGGCAUGUCGACGGGAACAUGGUACGGACCAGGUCGAGGUGUCAGGGGAGUCUCGGGUGCAGGGUCAAGGCUGGGGUCAGGGUCUGUUGCGGGAAGCAAUUACGGUGCGACAGGCCCGAUCGAGCAGUAUCGAGCCAACCCGAACGACGCGCUGGAUGUCGAGGUGGCGGCGAUCUGCAACGGACUGGGAGUAGCUCUGGAACGGAUUGAUCCGCCGCUAGCUAGAGGCGUGAGACUGGAGGAAGGACCAGGCAAGGACAAUCGGACUCAGUACGAAAUCGGAGGACGAAAAACCAUGUGUCGACUACUGGAACUGCAUCGUCCAGCGGGCAGUGCUGGAGCCAGAGCUGGGACCAAAGCGAAGAAGAUCCUGGUUCGUGUGGGGGGAGGAUGGCAGGAUUUGGAGCAGUGGCUACUGGCACGGCUCAGCGCGAUCUAG